ACAUUCCUUUCCGGGGUCACGCUGAAUUUCCGGGUAUCUCUGACAGGGUUGUCUACGCCGCCUUUUCGGCGAUUUUUUAGUCUUCCGCCUUUUUUUUUCCCUUUCUUUUUGUUGUCGCUACCCCCAACUUAACACGCCCGCGCGGGCCUGGCCUUGGGCUCGCGACUUUCCGCCGCCCUGCCGGGUCCUAGGUUGCCCGCCCGAGCUGGGCCUCGCUGUGCCGCGGGCUGCUCCUACCUCUGCCUGCUCGGGCGGCAGCUCGGGCCUGGGAGCGUGUUGGCGGGCAGUGCCGCUGGGCCCUGCUCGGCCCUUCGGCGUGGACGCCGGUAGAAGAAUACAUGUUUACCUUUAGUGAACAAGAGCAUGUUCCCAAACUCAAUUUUGGGUCGUCCACCCUUCACUCCAACCCACCAACAGCAUAACAACUUCUUUGCUCUCUCACCAACUCUUUAUUCACACCAGCAACUUAUAGAUGCACAAUUCAACUUUCAAAAUGUAGACUUGUCUAGAGCUGUGUCCUUACAGCCCCUGACAUACGGAACUGUUAGUCCAAUACAGACCUCAACAUCCCCAUUAUUUCGAGGAAGGAAGAGAAUAAGCGAUGAAAAAGCCUUUCCUCUUGAUGGUAAACGGCAGCGUUUCCAUUCACCCCACCAAGAGCCAACUAUAAUCAACCAGCUAGUGCCUUUGUCAGGUGACCGAAGAUACUCCAUGCCACCGUUGUUUCAUACACACUAUGUACCAGAGAUAGUCAGAUGUGUUCCACCUCUUCGAGAAAUUCCACUGUUAGAACCUAGAGAAAUCACACUGCCUGAGGCCAAAGAUAAGCUGAGUCAGCAGAUACUAGAGUUGUUUGAAACUUGUCAACAGCAAGCAAGUGACUUGAAGAAGAAAGAACUCUGUAGAGCACAGCUGCAGAGAGAGAUCCAGCUGCUCUUCCCACAAAGCAGACUCUUUUUGGUUGGAUCGUCUUUAAAUGGAUUUGGUGCCCGAAGCAGCGAUGGCGAUUUAUGCUUAGUUGUUAAAGAAGAACCAGUAAAUCAGAAGACUGAAGCACGACAUAUCCUCACCUUAGUCCAUAAGCACUUCUGUACUAGACUUUCUGGCUAUAUUGAGAGACCUCAGCUGAUUCGUGCAAAAGUGCCAAUUGUGAAGUUCAGGGAUAAAGUCAGCUGUGUGGAAUUCGACUUAAAUGUAAACAAUACCGUUGGAAUUAGAAACACAUUCCUUCUCAGAACUUAUGCAUACCUUGAAAAUCGAGUUCGUCCAUUAGUCCUGGUGAUUAAGAAGUGGGCAAGUCACCACGAGAUAAAUGAUGCCAGUCGAGGCACUUUAAGCAGCUAUAGUCUUGUAUUGAUGGUUUUGCACUAUUUACAAACCCUACCUGAACCCAUCCUUCCAUCCCUCCAAAAAAUUUACCCAGAAUCUUUUAGUACUUCUGUACAGCUGCACCUUGUUCAUCAUGCCCCAUGUAAUGUUCCUCCUUACCUCUCAAAGAAUGAAUCCAGUCUUGGGGACCUCUUACUGGGCUUUCUUAAAUACUAUGCUACAGAAUUUGACUGGAAUACUCAGAUGAUUUCAGUCCGUGAAGCCAAAGCCAUCCCAAGGCCAGAUGAUAUGGAAUGGAGAAAUAAAUACAUCUGUGUUGAAGAACCUUUUGAUGGAACUAACACCGCCAGAGCUGUGCAUGAGAAGCAGAAGUUUGAUAUGAUCAAGGACCAAUUUCUAAAGUCAUGGCAGAGAUUGAAAAACAAGAGAGAUCUGAACAGUGUUCUACCUUUGAGAGCUGCUACCCUGAAAAGAUAACUGGUCUCUAAUUCUAAAAUUCUUCCAAGAAAUAAAGAACAAUACAUAUGUCAUAAUUCAUUUGCUUACCUCCAUCAUGGUUUUUUUAAUGGUCUUGUUUUCAUGUUUUAUUUUUAAAAGGACAUACUUAUAUAAAGAUUGCAUAUUUUAUUAUGACAUUUCCUAAUAAACUCUUUGAUUUAAAAAUGUAUUUUUGAAAAUGUUUACAUCAAUGAUUAGUAGUAUUAUGGCAUGACUUUUCAGCAUAAAAUAUAUUUUGAGAAAUUACCUGAACUAAUAAGGUUUUGAUAUAUUCUCAAGUACUUGUACCACAUGCUUAUACUGAAGAACUCUGUGGAGUUUUGCAAAGGACCUAAGUAAUACGUACUUAGUGUGCCUGGCUGUAGACAGUAGUCUAGCUCAGCUCUAGUCAAGCCAAGAUUCAAGUCAGCUAUUCAGUUACUUGAAGCAAGCGAAAUCUUUCAUUCAGUGAAAUCACUGUGGAGUCUUGAAAUACUGGACAAUUGCCUUAAGUCUUCACUUGACUGACCGCUGGGACAGACUGUCUGAGGUGUGUCUGUAUUAGUGUGUUUUCAGCACUUCACACCUUCUUUAUAGACUCUGAAGGCUGUUUUAGAGUUUGUGUUGAAACAAUACAUUUUGCACUGUUGUAAUGGGAACACUAACAACAGUUAGUGACUUGUUUAUGGACUGUUUGAAAGUCUCUGACUUAAAUAUUUUGGAAAAAAUGUAGUUUCCUAUGUUUUCUGAGAGCACAGUGAAUUGUGCACUGUUGCUUCACCUCCGUUUUCCUGGUUUUAUUUUCCUCAUGAUAGGAAACAGAAAACUGAAACAUCGAAGCUAAGGUUAUUUGUGGAAUCCAAUGUCUGUAGAUUAUAAUCUAAACUGGAAUUUUUAGGCAGUAAGCCACUACAAAGUGUUUUAGAUAAGACAAUAAAGUUAUAAAUAAAAGUUUAAUGUUUUUACAAAAAUCUUUUUUAGUAUUUCUUUUCCACAGGAAAGCAGUAGUUCAGAUCAAGCUAUGCUGUUUAAUAAAUUGUUGUUAGUUUAUGUAAAUACUUGUAAAUUGGUCAAUACCUGUAUUGUACAGUUAAAUAUAAAAAGUAAUCUUGAAGGCGGUUUUAACUUUUUCAAAGAUUGCAAACUUCUUGUAGGCCUACAGGGGUACAGUUUGUACCACUAAACUAUUUUUUGCAGACCAAUUAAAAAACUAAAACUUUCUCUUUGUUUGACUUACAAAGGGUGCAUAUUUUCCUUUUUCUUUUUAAGUUUAAAUUUUCGUAUGCUGUCAAUGGAAUAAAGUUUAUAUCUGGAA